UCUCGCGAUAUUUAAAUCGAGACAGCAUGGCGGCCCCCGAAGUUACCGCAUGUUAGUGUAAUGCUUUACGAAAUUAUUGUGUCGGUAAAAUUAGGUAUAUAUUUUAUUGGUUCUGAAGACAGUUUGUGAAUUUAAAGUCCAUUUUUCGGUGAAACCAGGACUGACGAAGAGGCAGCGCGAUGCAACACGACGACGUGAUCUGGGACCUGAUAGGAAACAAACUGUUUUGUUCUUAUAAAGUGAAAACGAAGACGAAGAAUUUCUGCCGCAAUGAGUACAACAUCACGGGUCUGUGCAGCCGGCAGGCGUGUCCCCUGGCCAACAGUCAGUACGCCACCGUCAGGGAGGAGAAAGGUCGGUGUUUCCUCUACAUGAAGGUGAUCGAGAGAGCAGCUUUUCCAGCACGGAUGUGGGAGAAGGUGAGACUGAAUCAGAAUUACGAGAAAGCCCUGCAGGAGAUCGACGAGAACCUGAUCUACUGGCCGCGCUUCAUCCGUCACAAGUGCAAACAGCGCUUCACCAAAAUCACACAGUAUCUCAUCCGCAUCCGCAAGCUCACGCUAAAGAGACAGAGGAAACUUGUUCCGCUUAGUAGGAAGGUAGAGAGGAGGGAAAGAAUAAGAGAGGAAAAAGCCCUGGUCGCUGCUCAGGUGGAGAACGCCAUCGAGAAAGAGCUGCUGGAGAGGUUAAAACAGGGCACGUACGGAGACAUCUACAACUUCCCCAUCCACGCCUUCGAUAAAGCUCUGGAGAAACAGGACGCUGAUAGCGAGACCGAAGAGGAGGAGGAGGAAGAGGAAGAGGAGGAGGAAGAGGAGGAUGAGGAGGCGGGGAAGAGAGAAUUUGUCGCAGACGACGAGUUUGAGGAAAGUGACAUCAGUGAUUUUGAGGAUAUGGACAACUUAAAGGCCAGCGAUGAUGAGGAAGAUGGUUCGGGUGAGGAGGAGUUGGAUGAGAAAAUGGAGGAGGAAGUCGAGGAAGAGAAACAGUCCAGAGCCAAGUCGAAAGGAAAGACUCCGCUCAAAGGACCAGCGAGGAAGAAACGAGCGUAUGUGGAGAUCGAGUACGAGCAAGAGACGGAACCGGCGGCCAAGAGCAAGGCCUCGUAGAGUCGAGACUGCACACACACACACACACACACACUUCCAACAAUGGACAGUUCAAUCUCUCCACUCUAAUAAGCGAAGCAAAGUGACUUUGUACUUGUGUGUGGAGCUUAUCUAAAAACAAUUAAGAUAAGAUAUUUCAUAUAAAACAUUUUUACCCAAAA